GUGAAUUUUUUACAGACAAAAUGCUGUUAAAGCUUGUUAGAUCGUUUGUAAGUUUAAAACCGCGGAUUUCUAGACAAUUUAUUUCAAGAGAAAUGAGUUCUAUCACCGAGGACAUAUUACUGGAGACGGAAGGAGGGGUUGGAACUAUAUUAUUAAACAGACCUAAGGCGUUGAAUGCUUUGAACGAAAAUAUGAUUGCAGCUAUGCAUCCUAGACUACAGCGUUGGCAGGAUGAAGGAGUAAAGCUUGUAAUUAUUAAAGGAGCCGGAGAUAAAGCAUUUUGUUCUGGUGGAGAUAUUAGAGCAAUUACACAGGAAAGAGGGGGUCAGGCUCAGAAAAACUUCUUCCGUAAUGAAUAUUUAUUGGAUAAUCUGACAGGAACUAUAAGUAUCCCGUAUGUUGCUCUUCUCAAUGGAAUUGUGAUGGGAGGAGGGGUCGGGAUAUCUGUUCAUGGGAAAUACAGGGUAUGUUGUGAGACCACUAUGUUCGCUAUGCCUGAGACCGGGAUAGGCCUGGUGCCUGAUGUGGGCGGAGCUUAUUUUCUGCCACGCCUCCCAGGAAGUAUAGGCAUGUUUCUCGGCCUCACUGGACAUAGGCUAAAGGGUCGAGACUGCCUCCAUGCUGGCAUCGCCACACAUGCGGUAGAUAGUGGAGACAUUCUUAAUUUAGAGGCAGAUCUGAAAAGCAACCCUGAAGAUGUAAGUAGUAUACUGGACAAAUAUUCUGCUAGCAGCCAGUUCCAGAAAGAUAAAGUUUUCUCCCUGGAAGUAGAUAUGGAAGUAAUUAAUAUUAUUUUCUGUUUAGUUUUCUCCCUGGAAGUAGAUAUGCAAGUAAGUUUUCUCCCUAGAAGUAGAUAUGGAAGUAAUAAAUAUUUUCUGUUCAGUUUUCUCCCUAGAAGUAGAUAUGGAAAAAGUGACGGUUCAGAGUUUGCCUUGAAAACUCUGAAAGCUUUGAAGAGAGCCUCGCCAAGAUCCUUAAAAGUGGCGCAUAGACAGAUUACAGAAGGUCGGAACCUGAACUCUCUUUCUCAAGCACUAAAUUUAGAAUAUAGAUUGGUUCUGCGCUGCUGUGAAAAUGAUGAUUUUUAUGAAGGAGUCCGAGCGCUUCUUAUCGAUAGGGAUAAUUCUCCAAAAUGGAAUCCUUCAAGUCUUCAGGAAGUGACUGACUCAAUGGUGGAUGAAUACUUUAAACCUCUUCAAAGCAACCUAGAGUUGAAUCUCUGAAACAAGAAAUUAAUCCAGAAUUUAAUAUAUUAAUAGUUUAACUUUAUCAGAUAAAUAGAAAUAUUUUUAAAGAGAGAAUUCUCUUGAAAUAA